AGGGGAAGGAAAGGAAAAGAAUUUUGGUAGCCAUGAUCGUUAAGGCCCCGCACGUUGUAUUUACUCUAUUUUUCGGAUGUUUCUUCUACAAAAAUCGUCCUUCACCGACAACAAUGACCUUCAAAAAUCCGAUCAAAAAAUGUGAAUAUUGUGGUUAUAAAAGCACUCGUGCUUUUAAUGUUUUCCGACAUAAGAAACGAAUUCACGGGAAGGCGAAAAAGAAAAUAAUUUGUUGUGGAAGAAUUUAUCGCACUAAAGGAGAUUAUUAUUGUCACGUAGAGGAAAUUCAUCCGCACACGAGAAAUGGAUCGAUUUCAAAGAAAAAAUACAAAAUCACAAAAAAGAUGUUAUUAAAAAAAACGAAGAGAACAUCGAAGAAAAUAAAAAAAAAUGCAGAGGAAAUUCUGUUCUUAUUCGAUAAGAAUAUUUCAUGGCCAACCGGAAAGGAAAUUGCCGAUUACUUACGUAAUAUAAAAUUUCAUAAACUUAACAAUUAAUUAUACGUAAUUAUGCA